UGUUUCAUUCCUAAUUCUGUUCCUUUUCCGAACCAAAAGACUGACCGGCUCCAGAACAGUAGCGUAGACGAAACCCUCGUCCUCUACCCUCAUCGACGUCGAUGGCAACGACGAAAUCGUGCUACUCUUGGCCAGCGAUGCUCGCCGGCGUCCUCUCCGAAUCAUCCCGUGUCGUAUCCGAUCACUCCCGUCACUUCCUCGCUCUCUCCGUCCUGUUCCUCCUCCCACUCUCGUCCGUCCUCAUCGCUUCCCCCUCUCUCGUCCCUCUCCUCAUUCACCGCCGCCAAUCUCUCCAUCCUCAAUCUCUCCUCCGCGAAGCUGCCCCCUCUUCUUCCUCACCCGAUCUCACCAGAGCCCUAAUUCUCGCCGCAGCCGCCGCCACUCUCUUCCUCCCCAUCGCCUCCGCCGCCGUCGCCGCCGUUACACGCAGCGUCAAUCAUGGAUUCUACGGAAGACCGGUUAAGAUCCUUCCCAACCUUCGAUCGCUACACAUCCCCGUUCUUCACCUACUUGCUACCCUCCUGUGCGGCUUUCUUAUCUUCUCCGCCAUCGUCGCCCUCAUCGUCUCUCUCUGCCUCCUGGUCCUCUUUGUCCUCUCAAUCCUUGACGUUGAAUCUGGUUCCGUCCCCCCAUACAGCUUCGCGGCAGGGGUUGCCGCUAUCACAAUUGCGCGUUUCCAGUUAGAAUGGUGCCUCGCCGGCGUAGUCUCCGUGAUGGAGUCAAGCUGGGGGUUUGCGCCGCUGAAAAGGAGCGCUGAGUUGAUCGAUGGGAUGCGGUUGGCGGCGAUCUGCCUUUGGGUCUUUUUUGGGGCCGGAGCUGGAUUUACACUUUGGGGCUUUGGUCUCUGGGAGGUUCCUAGCGGUGGUAACUGGUAUGGCGUGAUUCCGGUAGUUGGGAAGACCGUGUUAGGUUCUGCCUUGAUGGCUUUACUGCUUUUGUACAUUUUUGUGACCCACGCGGCUCUAUACUUGUACUGCAAGGCGGUGCAUGGGGAGCUUCUAGGGGAGAUAGUGGAGGAGUUUGCUUCCGAGUAUGUUACUUUACCGUUUGACGAUAACAGGGUUCCUCAUGUUGUUUCUGUGAUUCUGCGAUGAAACAAAGGAGGCUGUCGUUUAUGGUGGUGGUUCAUACAGUUUGAUGAACUUCUUUGUUUUUUUUGUUUUAAGUUUUUUAUCUUUGGUUGUAGGGACGUGUGAUGUUUGCGCAAUUGCCUCUUGAGGCAAAUUGGUGUGCCAAAGUUGCAUAUAUGGUGGGCGACUUCUGUACAAAAAUGUUCAUGCUUUGGCAUGGACAAUGCCUACUAAUGCUCUUUUCAAAUCAGUGUCCUCUUAUACUAUUACUCUGUAACACCACAUUUUGUAUGAACUUAACUUUUUUCUAGAAGACUGAGAAUUCCGUGGGGGUGGAAUAUGAUUAUUAAUUCUUUUUGUUUCUA